AUGACAAGAAAGAGUGAUGCUUUAAGUUUGCUACUGAUUUUGCUAAUUUUGAGUUUCUCUCAAGCAAUUAAGGGGGUGAAAUUCUUCAACGUUAAAGACUAUGGUGCUCUUGGUGAUGACCAUUAUGAUAGUUCAGAGGCCUUCGAGAGAUCAUGGAAUGAAGCAUGCAAAUGGAAGGGCAAAGCGGUAAUUAAAAUCCCACGUGGGAAAUUCUUGUUGAGAAAUCUACUGUUUCAAGGCCCAUGCAUGGGCCCAAUAGAUUUCCACAAUGCAGGCUUUUUGAAGGCCCAUAAAGUAAAUAUUGGGCUGAGCUAUUGGGUUGAAUUUAGAUAUGUAGAUAGAUUGGGUAUCAGUGGUAGUGGGCAUUUUGAUGGGCAAGGCUCAGAGUCAUGGUUCAAGAUAAUGGAAGAUUAUCCCUCGACUAACAACCUUCCUACGUCGUUGAUGUUAACUUUCGUCAACAAUUCAAGGAUCGACAACAUGAAUUUCGUCAAUAGUAAAGGUAGCCACAUUAAACUAUACGGGUGCAAAAACGUUACGAUAACCCAAAUUCAUAUCUCAGCCCCCCCUAAUAGCCCUAACACUGAUGGAAUCAACAUUGCCUUCUCAAGACAAAUCCAAGUAACAGAUUCAAAGAUUUCUACAGGAGAUGAUUGCAUUUCACUCCUUCCUGGAGCUGAAGAUGUUAACAUCACGGAUACUCGAUGCGGGCCGGGCCACGGGAUCAGCAUCGGGAGCAUGGGUAUCGGGCCCAAUGAGCUUGCAGUGAAGGGAAUAAAUGUGAAGAAUUGCAACUUCACUGAUACCAUGAAUGGUGUGAGGAUUAAGACAUGGGCUACCAAAAAUGCUGGGAAGGUUGCUCAAAUUUCAUUUGAGAGCAUUUUUGUUAACAAUGCUAGCAAUCCCAUCAUUAUUGAUCAAAAUUAUUGUCCAUCACAUGAUUGUCCUAAGGGAGAUUCUCAUGUUCAAAUAAGCGAUGUGAAGUUUGUGAAUAUAAUGGGAGUUUCACAAACGUACGUUGCAGUAAACUUACAAUGCAGUAAAUAUAGACCAUGUGAAGUUGAGACAAAGAAUAUAAAUUUGAAGUAUGGAAGUAACAAAGGACCAACAAUUUCAUCUUGUUACAACGUCAAGGGUGUUGCUUCUGGAUUCCAAAAGCCACCAUCUUGCAUUUCUUAG